UGGUCUGGUGUCUGGUGAACACUAUCUCCGGUGUUAAUACAGAAUAAGUAUUUGUUGUGUGUUAAUUGUUAUUAAACAAAUUGUUGUGAUUUUUCAUUGGGCCAAUGGACAGGCAAAUUGAUGAAUUAUUGAACAAGCCUAGUGAGGAGCCCUAUUUUUUAUUUGACUAUCACAAAUUUGGUCGUGGAUUAGCACAUGUCAAUAAAAAUGCAGACCAUAUUUCAAAAACUAUAUCAUCGACCUGUUGGAUGAUAAAGAAAGACAUCCUGGAAAAACAGGAGAGCAACAAUGGAAUUUUGUUCAGUGCUGAAACGUACAUUAUACAAUGGAAUUUCGAAUAUCGACUGAUCGGCAGUGAAAAGGUAAAUAUUGGAACAAUUUUCUAUCACUGGAAAGGGUGGCAUGCCAACAAAGGAUUCUCUCCUGUACCUCCCAAUUUUGAUGAAGCCACAAGCAUCGUCGAAAGGAUUUGCCAAUGGAGUGAACCCCCUACGUUCUUCCAUAUAUUUCCGAGAAAUUUAGUUGUAUUAGACGGAAAGUCAAUUGAUUUUGAUACAAAAAUUCCUCAUUUGUUCAUGGUAAGAGGAGAGCUGAGAGAAGAAAUACACAUAUAUGAGGUGGUCUUUGCUAAAAGCAGCCUCAGAAGUAAAGCUGUCUUCCUCCUAGUGGUUCCGACAGAGAAAGCAAUCUUCAGUUGGUGGGGAGCAUGUGUCUCAGCAGAACUGAAAUCCCUACUCCCAAGCUUGAAACUUGAUCAGAUUCUGAGAACCGUUGAUGAUACAUGGAGCCACUUUGGAACCAAACAACUGAGUGAAGGUCAAGAAGAUUUCUUAUUCAUCAAUGAUGAUAGUUCUUACUCGCAUAUUCACGAGGUACCGAAUUUCACACCACGUCUUCUUUAUUGCAACACCAUCACAGGAGAGUUUUUGCUAACUGAGGUAGAAUAUCCUCUGAGGUCUGCUAAUCACAUUGCAUCAUUCCCAUUCCUACAAUCACAUCUCUACAGCGCAGAUCAACCUGCUUUAUUCCUGUUGGUUAACCAGUCAGAUAUUUGGAUAUGGAAAGGGUCAGAAAAUGGUGAUGAAGAAUUUUCCAAACUGGUUGAGCUAGCUGAAGAAACUGCAUUUGAGUACUUGAAGAGAACAAAGAUUUCUCCUAGGAAACUGAUGUCAGUUAAGUUUUCUGAAGCGGGAUCAGAACCACUAGAAUUCACUAAUAUAUUUCCGUACUGGAUAAGAAAUAAAUGAAUGUGCCACAUUGUUGGUUUAAUAUACAAUAGUUAUCCAUAUCCUUAUCAAUAAACAAAUAUUGUUGGGUGAAAGAUUUCAUAUA